AUGGGCAAAUGGCGUUAUGGUGUCGUCCUGGACGCAGGCUCGUCUGGGACUCGCGUACACGUUUACCGAUGGCUACGAAAUGCCGCUGCACGAAAGGACGCCGAUGCGGAGGAGUUGAAAUCGCUACCGGAGAUUAAGACCAAGGAAGAAUGGACCAAGAAGAUUCACCCUGGUGUCUCGUCCUUCGCCGAAAAACCCGAACUCGUUGGAUCCGAUCAUUUGGCCGAACUUUUGGAUCACGCAAAGGGGAUCAUUCCGAGAGAGGAUGCGAAGGAUACCCCGAUCUUCCUACUCGCCACGGCGGGCAUGCGAUUACUUGGAAACCUCGAGCGGCAAUUACUUCUGGACCAGAUCUGUUCCUAUGCCCGUGAUAACACGGAGUUUCUACUACCAGACUGUGGGGUUCACAUCCAGGUGAUUCCAGGUGUGACUGAGGGACUUUAUGGGUGGAUUGCGACCAACUAUCUCAUGGGUGCGUUUGACACCCCCGACAAGCACGACCAUGGGAAGGGACAUCACACCUACGGAUUCCUCGACAUGGGUGGCGCAUCUGCUCAGAUUGCGUUUGCGCCGAAUGCUACGGAAACGGAGAAGCACGCCAAUGACCUGAAGUUGCUGCGGUUGCGGAAUAUUGACGGUUCGGUCCAAGAACAUAGAGUGUUUGUCACUUCAUGGUUGGAGUUUGGUGUGCAUGAAGCACGCCGACGCUAUCUGGAGGCUUUGCAAACUGCGACUGGACCUGAGAUCAAGGAACUACCUGACCCUUGUCUUCCCAGUGGGUUGCGCACGACUCUAGACGGCCAGGAUGUAUCGGGUGAGAGUGAAGAGAGCUAUCUAUUGGGCACGGGCAAGUUCGACGAAUGUCUACGGCAGACGUUUCCUUUGCUAGACAAGGAUGCGCCUUGUGCAGAUCAACCCUGUCUUCUGCACGGCAUGCACGUUCCGGCCAUUGAUUUCGAUGUCAACCAUUUCAUUGGAAUCAGUGAGUACUGGCAUACUACGCACGAGAUUUUCGAAAUGGGUUACAAGGAUAAGGCGUAUGACUUCAACACGUACCAGGAACGGGUCAAGACAUUCUGCUCUCAAGACUGGGACUCGAUCGAGCACGGUCUUGAAGCGAAUCAGUGGGGGAAGAAGGUCAAUCGUCAAAAGACCUCCGAGGUAUGCUUCAAGGCGUCGUGGAUCAUUAACAUGCUCCACGAUGGUAUUGGCGUUCCUCGCGUGGGGUUAGAAGAAAUCACUUAUCCUGCGCACAAUGGCACCAAAGAAGUCCUGUCUCAAGGAAAGGAAAAGGGUUAUCUCGACGCUUUCCAAGCCGUUAACAAGAUUGACUCGACCGAAGUGAGCUGGACCCUAGGCAAGAUCGUCUUGUAUGCAUCUUCCCAGGUGCCUAUGGAGAUUGAAGAGGCUCUCCCCGUUGGCUUUGGCAGCAACCUCCCCGGUGUGCCGUCAGACUUCCAAUAUCCCAGUGUUCAGCUAUUGCCGGACUCCGACAGCUUCCACAGCGAGCACUGGCAUGAUGCCCUGUUUGACGGUGAUUCGCCCCGCCGAAUCCCAGGCUUCCUUCUCUUCAUGUUUAUCAUCGUCGUGGCCGGCUUCUUCCUAUGUGGACGCAGCCGCCGGUCACGCAUCUACAAUCGCGUCACUAAUGUACUCCGUCGCGGCGGACCCUCCCACCCAAACCAUCCCAAGAAGCGAAAGGGCCUCAAAUCGAUGCUCCCAUUUCUCGGCCGGAACACCCCAUCCUAUGAACGAGUUCUCGAAGCCGGCGCCCAAGAUUUCGAACUUGGCGUGACCGACUCAGACGGCAGCGAGGAUGGAGGCCGUCUCUCGGAAGCCAACUCCGCCAGAAUGGGACCACCAAAGCGAGCCUCUAGCUGGGGCAGCAACAGCAACACCCCAAGCUUUAAAUACGCGUUAGACAACAGCUCAACUGGAACAAUUGGACUCGGGAUCAGCAGCGGCGGCUCAGGCAUUGCAAUUGAUCGAGCAGGUCUAGUAGUCCGCACCGAAAGCAGGGACCAUCUUGCCCCCAUUGCUCUCGGACCUACCACCAACGGCCGUCGAUCAAGAGCCGGCAGCCCGACAAGAUCUCAUCACCAAAAGUCUCCCAGCUUGACACCUCUCGGCGACGACUAA